AAACCAUUGUGAAGUAUAGUCCUUGAUGCAUGGAUUCAAUCAACAAGAUCAUCAACUUCUUGUUUCCUCUCUUAACCUUGUAUGCACUUCUUGUCUUCUACCCAACUUACCAGAGGCUCAAAUCCGCCGUCUCCAUCUGCCGGAAUCUGUUCUCGGAAAAUGUCGCCGGAAAAGUUGUUGUCAUCACCGGAGCAGCUUCUGGCAUCGGCGAGGCUUUAGCGUAUGAGUACGGGAAGAGGGGAGCGUAUUUAGCACUUGUUGACAUAAGAGGAGAACCUCUCUUCCAUGUAGCGGCUCUCGCUGAGCUCUAUGGCUCCCCUGAAGUCUUGCCCUUAGUAGCCGAUGUUUCCAAACUCCAAGACUGCGAGCGUUUUAUCCGAGCCACGGUUCUUCAUUUUGGACGAUUGGAUCAUCUAGUGACAAAUGCAGGAGUUGCUCCACUCUAUUUUUUUGCAGACAUCGAAGAUGUCUCUAAGGCUUCGCCGGCUAUGGACAUCAACUUUUGGGGAUCUGUGUAUUGCACAUUUUUUGCUUCUCCAUACCUAAAGAAGUUUAGAGGAAGGAUUGUGGUGAUUGCUUCUGGAUGUGGAUACAUUGCUUCACCUAGACUAAGCUUUUACUGUGCGAGUAAAGCUGCUGUGAUCGCCUUUUAUGAAACACUAAGAACUGAGUUUGGAUCAGAUAUUGGGGUUACCAUUGUAGCACCGGGGAUCGUCGAUUCGGAAAUGAGCCGAGGCAAGUUCAUGACAAAGGACGGUAAACUUGUCGUCGAUAAAGAGCUCAGAGAUGUGCAAAUGAGCGUAUUGCCAGUAGAAUCAGCCGAGAGGUGUGCGAAAGCAAUAAUGCGGAGCGUAUGUAGAGGAGAUAGGUACUUGUUGGAACCCGACUGGAUAGGUUGUGUCAUAUUGUUGAAGGUUUUUUGUUCUGAGGCAACAGAGUGGGUAGCCCGGUGGCUGCUGAUAGCCAGACCAAAAUUUCCAAUGAUGGAGGCUCUUAGCAACAAGAUCCUUGAUGUAGCCCAUGCCUUUAAUUCUUUCUUCUCUUUUCCUCAUUAUUAGGAAUAUCGAUACUUGAGUCUCCCCGUUUAUGUGUUUUUUUUAACUAAAACUACUGUAUACAACUUCGGGUUACCAUAGUGUAUUGGCCAGCUUGAUAUAAUUAAUACUAU